CUUUAUAACUCCCUCCUGCCUCUAAUUCACUCAAACGAUACAAUCACACAAUUUCAACCAUUGUAAUGGAAAACAUGGCUUCUCCCUACACCUUCCUCUUCUCUCUUCUCCUCCUCUUCGGCGCUAGCGGCGCGAGCAAUCUCAUCAACCAAACAUGCAAAAACUCGUCCAAAAAUGACCCUAACAUCAACAACAAAUUCUGUGUUUACGCCCUUCAAUCUGCCCCAGCUAGCCAUUGUGCUAAUAUCACCCGUCUAGGCUUAAUCUCUAUUACGUUAAUCAAACAUAACGUUACCGACAUAAGAUGCUUAAUAAAACAACUCUUGCAGGACAAAAAGGUGGAUUUGGACACCAAACAAGCGUUGCAAGAUUGCUUAGAGCUUUACUCGGAUUCACUCGUUACACUUACGGAGGCUGCAAUCGAUUAUAGAGAAAAUCGUUUCGUCGAUGCUAAUGUGAAGGUGAGCUCUGUAAUGGAAGCUUCAAGUACUUGUGAAGAAGAGUUUCACGAUGUUGGUUCUCCUUUGACUGUGCAAAAUAAUCGUAUAUUUCAGUUAUCUGCUAUAUCGCUUUCUAUCAUGAACAAAUUUUUGUCGCAUGAUAGAUGAUAGCAUGGCGUUUAUUUAAAAUGAACGUAACCAUGCAGCAAUGUGAUUGUUAAGGGUAGAUAGAGCACUCAAUCUUUGUGAUUGUGAUUGCGUGAUUUUUUUUUCUAAUAUACUUUAUUUCUUUAAGCUACAUCUCAAUACAAUAGCAACCGUUAGACUUCUUUUACAUUAUUUACGUAGCAUAGUUUAAAUCAUAAUUUUAUGUAUAAUAUAUAAGCACAAAUUUUAAAAUAUAAGAUGUAUUUGUCGA